CGUUAAAAUAAUAAUUAUAAGUGUAAGUACCUAUAAAUUGUUAUUUAAUAAACUUAUUUUCGAACUCUGAGGAUCAAAGUAGGUUGGUAUUUGCAGUUUUAGAUUGUUUAUAUGUUUGGGAAUUUUUAUUGAUUUCGGCAUAGCUGGGCAUAACACCUUUACUCGUAAAGUAAGUAUUUAAUAUUUGCCAAAAUUUAAAAAAAAACUAAAAUGUGCAGACUGCGCCGUAAUAAAGACGUUCUGACAAGUCCGUUCGUGCCAGUCGGCGAUCACCGCACACGGGAGGCGACCAUAGAUGCGACGAAACCAUUUACUUAUAGUCAAUCAGUACGUGAGAGAGUGAGACAAACAGUGUUUCGUGUCUAAGUUAUUUAUUUUAAUAAUUAAAUUAUUAGAGAAUUAUUUAUUUUAUUUAGCUUUAUCACAAGCAUGGCAUCUACAAAAAAAAAGAGAAGAAUUGAAGAAGAGAAUCGAGAAUUCAAUCGGGAUUGGACGGAGUCGUUCGCUUUCAUAUGCAACUCAGAUGGCCUUCCGACUUGUCUCAUUUGCCACAAAAAACUCGCACACAAUAAGAAAUCAAAUUUAGAGAGACACUUCACUAAAAAACAUACUCAGUUUGCUAGUAAAUAUCCAGCCGGCGAAGAACGAAAAAAAGCUGUCGAUGAGCUCCAAAAACAAAAAUGGCAAUCUAGUUCAAUGUUAAGUAACAGGACGCAAUCUACAAGUAAUGUUAAUCUGGCAAGCUUCGCGGUAUCACUAGAAAUUGCAAAAAAAGGCAAACCAUUCACAGAUGGUGAGUAUGUCAAAGAUUGCUUCAUACGUGCAUCUGAAGAAUUGUUUCGUGAUUUCAAUAACAAACCAGAAAUCUUGAAAAAAAUCAAAGAUUUGCCACUAUCCGCUAAAACAGUACAAGAUAGAAUAGCUAAAAUGUCUUCAAAUGUAACAUAUUUGCAGGUGGAAGAUAUUCAACUUUCUUCUGCCUUAUCACUUGCUAUAGAUGAGUCUUGCGACAUAAAAGACACGGCACAAGUUGCCCUUUUUGUCAGGUAUAUGUCUUCCCAAGGUCCAAAAGAAGAACUUCUAGGAUUGCUACCGCUCUCAGGACAAACUAGAGAGGAAGGUAUAGCGAAUGCCGUGCAAAAAUGCCUUGAAGACAAUAAGAUCGAUUUAAAUAAAAUCGUUUCAAUAGCAACUGAUGGAGCCAGAAGUAUGACAGGAAAAAAUAAAGGGGCAACAACGAUUCUUCAGAGCAAAAUAAACCACGAAAUUCUUACGUUUCACUGCAUAAUACACCCAGAAGCACUUUGUGCCCAAACAUUUCCGGCCGAGAUAGUUGAGGUCAUGAAUUUGGUAAUCAAGAUUGUUAACAACAUCUUGUCAAAAGCACUCUACCAUUGUCAGUUUAAAGAAUUCUUAAACGAAAUGGAGACUCAGUAUUCCGACCUCCUUCUUCACAAUAAAGUGCGAUGGCUUUGCAAAGGUAAGGUGUUGAAACGUUUUGCUUUGUGCUUGAAUGAAAUAAAUGCAUUCCUAAAUGAAAAAGGCAUUAAUCACCCUGAAUUAGAGAACGACAAAUGGUUGCAAAAAUUUUACUUUAUGGUGGAUAUCACAGCGAAAUUAAAUGAGCUGAAUCUAAAACUGCAAGGAAAGGGAAAUCCAACCUAUGUUUUUGUAGAAGAAUUGGUUUGUUUUGAAGAAAAAUUAAUUCUUUUCGCAGAAGAUAUUCAGAGUGGUAAAUUACUUCAUUUUCAAUUUCUAAGGCAAUAUCGCGAUAAAACCAGUGCAACUGUUGACACGAAUUACUUCAACACAGUUAUAAAAAAAAUUAAAGAUGAAUUGGCUGACAGAUUUGAGCAAUUCAAAACCAACAAAACCACUCUAGCAUUCAUAGUAAAUCCUCUCAACACAAAUAGUAACGAAAUCCACGUUGAGCCAUUUGGAAUUGAUACUGGAUCUCUAGAAAUGCAAUUGAUCGAUUUAAAAAGUAAAGCUUUGUGGAGUGGAAAAUUUACAGAGUUGAAAAGCAAGUUGGAAGAGUUAGAGGUCCAGAAAUGUAUGUACGUAACGCAAGAAAAGUGGACAGCUUUAAAAGAAAUGCCGCGAGUUGAGGCACUUAUAUUUGACACAUGGAAUAGUCUUCCAGAUUGCUACAGUGAGGUGAAGAAGUUGGCAUUUGGAGUGUUGACUAUCUUCGGAUUGACAUAUUCGUGCGAGCAAGCGUUCUCUUGCAUGAAUAUAAUUAAAAGUAAAGUAAGAAGCCAACUAACAAAUGAAAAUUUAGAGUCGUGUUUGAAACUUAAAACAACAAGUUAUGAGCCAAAUUUAUCCAAACUUUCUAAUACCAUGCAAAGCCAACGCUCCCAUUGAAUUUGUUUGUUCAAAUGUAUGUUAUUGUUUUUUUUAUUUUAAGUACAAGUUACAUUGUUUAGUAAAGUUUAAAUUUUCUACUUGAAUAACCAUGCAAAGCCAUCGCUCCCAUUGAAUUUGUUUGCUCAAUUGUUUGUUAUUGAGGAACAAGUUAUUGUUGUAAGUAAAUGUUUAUGUGUUUUAAUUUUUUUCUUAUAUAAUAAGUAAUUAUCUAAUAAUGCCAUAUAUAUAUUAUCUAAUUUGUUAU